CAGCUACACGGACUGCUCUAGUCCAACCAGUGUCGGAAUUCCUGGAAGCUACCCCGGCAUCACCAUCCACUUCCAUCUCUGUGGCCAGCCAAGUGCAAGACAACACAGCAGAAAGUGUAGACAUGGACGCUCCCAACAGUGCGCCGGCGGAUGGAGAUGAUCCUGAAGAAGGUUCUGAUCUGGAGGGUAGAGCUGUCCAGGCGGUCAGAGAUGUCCAAGACGAUGGAGCUGUAAAGGAAUAUCUUCAUCCAAGGCUGCAGACGGUCGACCGGGUGCGAUUGUUUUCUGAUGCUGAUUAUGGAAAGCCUGUGCUCUCAAAUUGUCAAACGACACCUCUACAUCAUGCUGCGGCGAGUUGGUUCCCUGGUAGAAGUGUGGAGCUGUUGCUAUCCAUCGGUGCAGACCCAAACGCAAGGGAUGAGCGUCAAAAGACACCUCUACAUCAUGCUGCGAAGAGCAGGUUCUCUGGUAGAAGUGUGGAGCUGUUGCUAUCCAGCGGUGCAGACCCAAACGCAAGGGAUGAGUGUCGAAAGACGCCUCUACAUUAUGCUGCGGAGAGUGACAACUCGGGCAGAAGUGUGAAGCUCUUGCUAUCCAGCGGUGCUGACCCAAACGCAAGGGAUGAGUGUCAAAAGACGCCCCUACAUUAUGCUGCCAAGAGUGGCAAGGGUGACGAAAGUGUGGAGCUGUUGCUAUCCAGCGGUGCGGACACAAAUGCAAGGGAUGAGUGUCAAAAGACGCCUCUACAUUAUGCUGCGGAGAGUGACAAGUCGGGCAGAAGUGUGGAGCUGUUGCUAUCCAGCGGUGUAGACCCGAACGCAAGGGAUAAGUGUCGAAAGACGCCUCUACAUUAUGCUGCGGAGAGUGACAAGUUGGGCAGAAGGGUGAAGCUCUUGCUAUCCAGCGGUGCAGACCCAAACGCAAGGGAUGAGUGUCAAAGGACACCUCUACAUUAUGCUGCGGAGAAUGGCUUUGUUAGCCGAGGUAUGGAGCUGUUGCUAUCCAGCGGUGUAGACCCAAACGCAAGGGAUGAAUGUCAAAAGACGCCUCUACAUUAUGCUGCGCAGCGUGGCUUUGAUAGCCGAGGUAUGGAGCUGUUGCUAUCCAGCGGUGUAGACCCAAACGCAAGGGAUGAAUGUCAAAAGACGCCUCUACAUUAUGCUGCGCAGCGUGGCUUUGAUAGCCGAGGUAUGGAGCUGUUGCUAUCCAGCGGUGUAGACCCAAACGCAAGGGAUGAAUGUCAAAAGACGCCUCUACAUUAUGCUGCGCAGCGUGGCUUUGAUAGCCGAGGUAUGGAGCUGUUGCUAUCCAGCGGUGUAGACCCAAACGCAAGGGAUGAAUGUCAAAAGACACCUCUACAUUAUGCUGCGGCGCGUUGUUGGAAGUCCGAUAGUGUGCAGCUGUUGCUAUCCAGCGGUGCAGACCCAAACGCAAGGGAUCAGUGGCGAAAGACGCCUCUACAUUAUGCUGCGAAGAGUGACAAGUCGGGCAGAAUGGUGGAGCUGAUGCUAUCCAGCGGUGCAGACCCAAACGCAAGGGAUGAGUGUCAACAGACACCUCUACAUUAUGCUGCUUGUUGGAAGUCCGAAAGUGUGGAGCUGUUGCUAUCCAGCGGUGCAGACCCAAACGCAAGGAAUCAGUAUCAAAAGACGCCCCUACAUUAUGCUGCGAGGAGUGGCGGGGCCAGAAGUGUGGAGCUGUUGCUAUCCAGCAGUGCAGAACCAAACGCAAGGGAUGAGAAUGGUGAGAAGCCACUACAAGCUGCUGCUAAAUCUGGACACUUAAUAGGCUGCAUUAUCCUUGUGCGAUUCGGAGCUGAUGUUGAUGCGUCCAUAUCUCAGUAUCUUCAUCCAAGGCUGCAGACGGUCGACGUGGUGCGAUUGGUUUCUGAUGCUGAUUAUGUACAUGCUGUGCUUGAUGUAAGUACUAAUUCUAGUACAAGCGUAUCUCUCCUAACUGGACCUCCAGGUUACAGCUCCUUUGGUCUACUGGGCUGUUUUGUUAGUUUACCAGGGAAACAGUAAAACUCUAUGUCAUUAAGGGGCCGUUUACGUGACAAAAAAAACUAGGGCUUAUUCAACCCUAGGCUUACGAUAAGCCCACCUUGAUUUGUCACCCAGGCGUCUUAGGUUGCGGUCACACUGCACACUUUUCAGGCAUUCGGCUGAAGACGCGCGGAAAAUGUCUGCCUUUUCCAUGGUGACGGCUGAAUUCUGCAGCUUUUCAGCCAAAAGCGAUCCGGCUGAAUUUCACAGGACGCAUUCAGCCGCAGAAUCUUGACCAUGCUUCUCAAUUGAGUUUCGAUCGAUCGUCCAAUUCUCAGCUGGACUGUCUUUCUCCCGUGGUGUUUUCACGUCCUUUUUGUUGUCCGUGCCUCUUUUGGAACAUGUGCUGGCACGGACAACACUUUUGUCGUCUAGCCACGUGAAGGCGAAGUAUACCCCCUCUCGCGACCGUGCUACACAGCAGACGACCAACCUGUUUGUUGGAGAGAAUACUUUGUUCUUUUUCUGUGGAGACGACUUGACAACUGACUCCGAAUGACAACUAACAAAAUUUAUGGCAGCUGACAAGGGAAUAAUAUCCAGGAAAAUGGUGCACUCAUCAGCACGAAAGGUACACGGGUCAGCGAUACAAUGCCGUCCCAAUGGGGACUAGGGCAGGAAGAGUGUACAAAGCGGGUAACUAAAAUCAGGGGCGUCGGAAGGUAUUUUAGUGUGGUACGGUUAGCCAUCUGAGGUACAAUUUACUCGUGGGGGAGGGGUUGCUGACCUGAAAUUUUUGGAAAUUUAGAUCCUAUA